GAGCACAAAGCAGAGAGACAACAAGAGCCACCAGUCAAAACAAAGAGGGAAGCCAACACUGAAGGAGAGACGCCGUUGAUCCUCAGAGGAGAAGCAUCUUAAAAUUUUUUGGUGUGACUGAGCACUUGCCGACUGCAAACUCUAGAUUUCUGAGCAUUUUCAUUUUUACAUUUUGUAUCACAACAGAUCUCAUCAUGAGAUACUGUGCUUUAGUUGCGUGUUUACUUUUGGGGAUAAGCGUGCAGGUGAUAUGGAGCGUUCCCCUCAAGUCCAAGUUUAUCACCUUCCCAGGAGACAUCCUCAAAAACAUGACUGAUUCGGAGCUGGCAGAAAGUUAUCUAAAGAAGUUUGGAUACAUGAACACCCUGCACCGUAGCGGCUUCCAGUCGAUGGUGUCCACUUCCAAGGCUUUGAAGAGGAUGCAGAGGCAGAUGGGGCUGGAGGAGACUGGAGAGCUGGAUAAGUCAACCCUGGAACUUAUGAAACAACCUCGCUGUGGGGUUCCCGAUGUGGCCAACUAUAAAACCUUUGAUGGAGACCUUAAAUGGGACCAUAACGAUGUAACUUAUCGGAUCCUUAAUUAUUCUCCAGACAUGGAGAGCUCUCUGAUCGAUGACGCCUUCGCCAGAGCCUUCAAGGUGUGGAGCGAUGUGACCCCUCUGACCUUUACCCGUCUCUUCAGCGACGAGGCUGACAUCAUGAUUUCAUUUGGAAAAGCCGACCACGGAGACCCAUACCCCUUUGAUGGUAAGGAUGGCCUUCUAGCCCACGCCUACCCUCCAGGUCAGGGGAUGCAGGGAGACGCCCACUUUGACGAUGAUGAGCACUGGACUCUGGGAAGAGGACCAGCCGUGAAGACUCGCUAUGGGAACUCAGAUGGUGCCAUGUGUCACUUCCCCUUCAUCUUUGAGGGCAAAUCUUACACCACCUGCACCACUGAGGGCCGCACAGACAACCUGCCAUGGUGCUCAACCACAGCCGACUACAACAGGGACAAGAAAUUUGGCUUCUGCCCAAGUGAACUUCUGUACACAUUUGGAGGAAACGCCGACGGAGCCGAGUGCGUCUUUCCUUUCAUCUUUCAGGGGGAGGAGUAUGACAGCUGUACCACAGAGGGCCGCAGUGAUGGCUACCGCUGGUGCGCCACCACAAACAACUUUGACAACGACAAGAAAUUUGGAUUCUGUCCCAAUCGUGACACUGCUGUAAUUGGUGGAAAUGCAGAGGGAGAGCCCUGCCACUUCCCCUUCGUGUUCCUGGGUAAGCAGUAUACUUCAUGCACAAGCGAGGGACGAGGAGAUGGCAAGUUGUGGUGCGCCACCACCAGCGACUACGAUGAUGACAAGAAAUGGGGCUUCUGUCCCGACCAAGGUUACAGUCUGUUCCUGGUGGCAGCCCAUGAGUUUGGACAUGCCCUCGGCCUGGAUCACUCCAGCAUAAGAGAAGCUCUCAUGUACCCCAUGUACAGCUAUGUGGAGGACUUCUCCCUGCAUGAAGAUGACAUCGAAGGCAUUCAGUAUCUCUACGGCAGCAAAACAGGCCCUGACCCUACCCCUCCUCAGCCCAACCCCCCUACCACCGAUGACACUGACCCAACAGACGAGCCUGAGCCCACCGAGCCCACCACCACCACCACAAUGACCCCUGUGGAUCCGACCAAAGACGCCUGCAAGAUGACCAAGUUCGACACAAUCACUGUGAUUGCUGGAGAGCUCCAUUUCUUCAAGGAUGGACUUUACUGGAAGAUUUCCAGCAGUAACAACGCAGGGCUCAAGGGACCGUUUUCUAUUUCUGAAAAGUGGCCAGCACUGCCAUCUGUCAUCGACUCUGCCUUUGAGGACCUUCUGACCAGGAAACAGUACUUCUUCUCAGGGACCAGAUUCUGGGUCUACCAAGGAAAGAACGUUUUGGGUCCACGCAGCAUUGAGAAGCUCGGCCUCCCCAACACUGUCCAGAAGGUGGAGGGAGCCCUGCAGAGGGGAAAAGGCAAAGUGCUGCUCUUCAGUGGAGAGAACUUCUGGAGGCUUGAUGUGAAGGCCCAGAAAAUCGACAAAGGCUACCCCAGAUACACUGAUGCCGUCUUUGGUGGUGUCCCUAAUGAUGCUCACGAUGUGUUCCAGUACAAAGGUCACAUCUAUUUCUGCAGGGACCGCUUCUACUGGCGGAUGAAUUCUCGCAGGCAGGUGGACCGUGUUGGCUAUGUGAAAUACGACCUCCUCAACUGCUCAGAUGCCUCCAGCACUCGCUACUGAGGAGACGAACACACAGAUGAGCUGGAAAUUGUCUGUAAUGUGGCAGCACCUAUUUCUCUCUGUGCAGGUGUCAGGGAGAAUGUGAUGCAGUGUUUAUGUAUAGCGCCUGUUUUAAGAUGUGUGUGCUUUCUGGGAUGUGAAAAAUUAGGCCUUCAUUGAUGUUGACUUAUUAUAAAACAUGCAGCAUUGGCCUAAAUAUAAGUCAAUGGCCCAGUACAUGAACGCAAAUUGCGAUCUUUGGCACUGCCCUGCCCUCAGUCUGAUAAUCUGUGAACUGAUGGUUAUGGUGGCCUGUAACCACAACUUUCCUAUUUUCGAACGCUGUCUGGAUCCGAUUCCAGAUUUGCUGAAUAAUUACUAUGUCUGACAGGCUCAGACUGUAAACAGUAUUGGAUUAUUUUGGUAUUUAUAGCAAUAUCUAAUAUUAUUUUUGUGUCUCAAGCUUAUUUGUUUUGUAUUUGUAUUUUUCUGAAAAGGGCUUCAGAGCCAAUUUACUUGCACUGGAAGACAAGCUUGUCUCCUUCACUGAAAUUAUUUAUGAGUUUAAUAAUUUUUGUAUUAAAGUUUCAACUUUCAAUGCAAUAAACAUUUCGUGAGAACAACUUA